UGGUAACCCAAAUACCCCAACGUGAAGUCUACCUAGCGUACUUGAAUGAAUGAAUUUUAAGUGGACUACGUAGUGCUGUGGGGAAUCAGUUUUAUUUAGAAUCAUGAAUGGCAUUGUUUACCAAGUUUCACAGAGAAAGCCAAAAACAUAGCCUGUGAUCCGAUCCUCGUGCUUUCUUAUUUAUUUCUCAGAGCUGCUCAGGUAGCGGAUAUGGUAAGUUUCGGAAGCCACUCCAGAAUAUGCAGAACAGAGUAUGUGGCCUCAACCCUUCGGUUCCGACAUUGUCCCUAAAGUUUCCUUGUUGCCUUUGGGGAAGCUGGUCCACUGACCUUGGACUUAACUCGGAUUCUUAGAAGAACUCAGGUGUGACUUGGCAAGUGCUUUCCCUUGGUCUGGGUAGGAUCAUCCAGGUUUUAUUCACCUGAACCUUUACCCUUUUUAGAACUCCCUUCAGCAUCUCUUUUGAAGCACUUUUCCCUUUUUUUUAAAAUAACCUUUAAAUACCUCCUGAAUUAAUGGGAAGUACCUGGCACUGCCCCUUUCUGUCCUUUUAGUGGGAAGAUGGGCAGGCCUUAAACAUGGCCUUCGCAAGACCCAGGGGUGCCGCCUGGCACCCACCCCGGAGCACCUUGCAGGGAACGGUAGGGAAGGGUUUUGAGUACCAUUGGCCUGGGCUGUGCGGUGACCUGGGAGGGAAACUCAGCUGUACUGAUCGGAUUCCUACUCAGCUCAUGGUCCCAAGUGCUCCUUUUAAGGGCCCUCUUUUUAGAGAACAGAAGCAAACAUCUUAAACCUGUCUUGUUUGGUAACGUUGCUCUUCAGAGAAAACUCUGAUAGUUUUCUCCGUUGUGGUCAGUUUUCAGGAAACUUUUGUGUUACUAACAUUACUUUUUGUUUCGCUCACAGAAGUAACCAUGUGAUCUUAUUUAAAACUCAUACUCCUAGAAGGGGAACUGUUAUGCUCAGUUUCUGAAUUUGUGGCAAUUACUGUUAUUCACUCAAAAAUAUGCAGUCAUGCAAAAUGGAUAGAUGCACACACACACACACACACACACACAAAUAUAUUGAAGUAUGAGGUCAGAUACUCCACGUUAUUUAUCAUCUCAAAUAACUAAUGGAUGUGUAUGCCUCUAUCUUAAUACUUAAUAAGGGUAGGUAGGUAAAUGACCUAGAGUUAAAAAGAUCAUCUUUUGCUGUUUUCUGCUUGUUGCAUCUUUUAUGGGACAUGAAGAUUGUGUAUUUCAGUUCUCUCCCCUCAUCCCUAACCUCUUCCAGUUUUGGAAAUGGCACAUUUGUGUUGCCCUGGUACUUUUGUAAAAUUACUCCUUUUGUAAGGGAGAAAUUUAUAAUAUUAGCAUGUCAUAAAAAGGGGAAACUUUCCUGUAUGAGUAGCUUGAUUGAAAGAGUUGUCCAAGUAGAGAAAGAGAAACAGCAGUGGGACAUGUUUUAAAGUGUAUUGAGAGUGAAAUUGUCAUUAAUAUUUUUAUAGUUAAUUUAUCAUGCUGCAUAGCGUGUUGGUUUAGCUAGUAAUAGGGAAGACUUUCGGACUAAGGGCACAUUUUACCUUAAACCAACUUCAGAGUCGUCUUUGGUGAUUCAUACAAACGUUAUGUUUUACUUUGUUGUGACAUUUGUUUUGGGUGACUCUUGGUCUUGUUGAUGUUUGAAGAAUAGACUUAGGUGAAGUUACUUAAGACUUCAUUCUCCCUUUGCUCACAGAGGACGUUUUGGAGGAGUUAGGUCUUCAGGGAAGAGUGUACAUGACUAGCUCUGUGAGCUUGAAUACAUUAUGUAUCCCCUCAGAGUCUUAUUCCUCAUGUGAGGCUAAGGUGGGGAUAACCUAUCUGACAGAGUUACUGUGAAUACGUAUAUAUUUUGUUUAAAGUAAAAUCCAGAUGCUUUACAGUGGACCCCAGGACUUCCGCCUGGUUCUUCCACCCAUCUUGAGCAACCCUGUCUCUGCCUUAGCAGGAAGGUGUGGUCUCGCCUUUCUGUUCCUCAACAUUCCAGGCUGCUCUGGCUUCCUCCCCUUGGACGCUGUUGCCUAGACUGCUCUUAGUGGCUCGCCCUGUGGUUGGUUGAUUCGCAGGUCUCCAUGCCAGGGUCACCAUCUCAGAGAAGCUUUCCCUGACCACCCUUCCUCAUAGCUCCUUCAGUUAGCCCAUUUGAUCAGUUCCUGUGUUUCUGCUAAAACGUUCCUUACUACGUUCCUUGUGAGGGCAUGGGCUGUGGUCUUUCUCCUUUGUCUCCCACACGCAUCUCAUGGAGCCUGGCCACGGGCUGGGGACGUGGUGUACUGAAAACGCUUGUAGCUUUUACGUGGUUGUCUACACGUUAAAGGCAGAGAUGUGCUGACUGGAUCUUACACAGCCGUUGUUGUUUUGUGUGUUCCUUAUUUAUCCCUGGCUGAGUUGAUUUGCUCAGCCAAGUACACCACAGCACUCAUAAGGCGUAAGUGCUCGGAACUGCACACCCCACAUCCCCAUGCAGGGAGAAUGGCCUCUGCUUGUAGAGCCGCGAUGUGGGUCUGCAUUCACUCACAUACCCCGCUGCCUGGUCGUGAGGACGCGCAGGUCUCCAUUUCUUCUGGAAGCACAGUUUUCUAGAGUAUGAGGAGAGUAACUGCCCCAGAGCACAUUUCCCUUGAUGCUGCAUUACAGAGCUUAGUAAGGUAAAACUUCAGUUGUCUGGAACCUCUGCCAUCCUCAGGAUUAAGCAGGAAGGAAGAACUCAUUUGGAAUUAGACAAGCCGGAGACCUCAGUAACUUUGAUUGCAGCUGGUGAAGGCAGUCUCUCAUAGGGUUGCAGAUCGAGGUUUGAGUUGCAGCACUGUGAUUUUAUAGGGUAGGUUUUUAAAAUAAAAUUAAAGUCUUAUUUGUCUUAUCUGUAAAAUAAUAAUAGUGCCUUCCUCAACAUAGGUGUAAUAAUUAAGUGAGAUAAUGCAUGUCUGUAUAUGAGUUCCGUGCCUGGCAUAUAACAGGUGCUAAUAGUAAUAAUUAGUUUAAAGUGUACCGUGAUCAGUUAAAAGGAGUAUUCUGGUUAAUCAGCAGUAUCUGCAUAAGACUUGUUUCUUCUUGUUGAGGAAGCCCUGAGUGGGGAGACGGUUUGAGACCACAGAGACAAGAAGAAGGGAAAUGCAUGAGGAAGGAGAAUGGGUGUCUGCAGAAGUACUGCUGGUGCAGUUCCUAGGAUUGUGAGGAUUACAUGUGGCUGCAGUGUGAACAGCCAUGGGUUUACUGGCUCCGGGUCUCGUUGUGGUCAGUUGGUGGGAAUUCUAGAACAGGAAGGUACUGCACGUGGCCUCCUGCAAGGCCCUCGGCAUUUGUUCUCCUACUGAUUGUUUUAAUAUUGUUUUAUCACUCUCAACAGCCAUCACACUGAAAUUUUUUCUUAAAAUUAUUAAAAGGGCAUCACACUUGGAGACUAUGUUUGGGGAGCAGUGGCUAUCCCAUUGUCCUUGGGAGCCGACUCUUGAGUAGUAGAGAAGAAGGAAAGAAGAAAAGACCACAUCUCUCUGAAGGCCUGGGAGACGAAGUUAUCUGAGCAUCCGUAAACCCUGCAGGCGUCACUAUGCCGUCCUGAAAUCUUCCACCAGAAAAUGGCUCCAAAGGGUAAAUGAAGCUGGAAAAAUAUGUAGAUGCAGCAUUGCAUACAGCCUCACCAGAUGUUCGAAGAUAAUAUUCCCAAGAGAAAUUAAUCCCCUUGGAUUAGAUAACUAGUCAGAAUGAAGAAAAUUAGUCUUAAAACCUUCCGGAAAUCUUUCAACUUGAAUAAAAGUAAAGAGGAAACGGAUUUCAUGGUCGUGCAACAACCAUCACUAGCCAGUGACUUUGGAAAAGAGGAUUCCUUAUUUGGUAGCUGCUAUGGGAAGGAUAUAGCCAGCUGUGAUCUCAACAGUGAAGAUGAAAAAGGCGGAAAGAACAGAUCAAAAAGUGAAAGCCUAAUGGGUACGUUGAAAAGACGGCUCUCUGCGAAACAGAAGCCGAAGGGCAAGGGCGGCGCGCCCUCCGGGGGCUCCGCGGACGAGGACACCUUCUCCUCCUCCUCGGCCCCCAUCGUCUUCAAGGACGUGAGGGCGCAGAGGCCCAUGCGGUCCACCUCCCUGCGCAGCCACCACUACAGCCCCACGCCGUGGCCCCUGCGUCCCACCACGUCGGAGGAGACGUGCAUCAAGAUGGAGGUGCGGGUCAAGGCCCUGGUGCACUCGCCCGGCCCUGGCGCGGCCCUGAACGGCGUGCGCAAGGACUUCCACGACCUCCAGGCCGACACCGCGUGCCAAGAACAGACGAACUCGCUCAAGAGUUCGGAGUCUCAGGAUGGGGACCUGCAUCUCCACCUGGAAGAACAUGUGCCUGUCGUUAUCGGACUCGUGCCUCAGGACUACAUCCAGUACACUGUGCCUUUGGAGGAGGGGAUGUACCCUCUGGAAGGCCCGCGCGGCUAUUGUCUGGACAGCUCCUCCCCCAUGGAGGUCUCGGCAGUCCCGCCUCCCGUGGCGGGGGGCCCUUUCCCCGAAGACGAGCAUCAGGUGGACCAGGACCUCGUCGUGGCCCCGGAGAUCUUCGUGGACCAGUCGGUGAGCGGCCUGCUGAUCGGCACCACGGGAGUCGUGCUGCAGAGCCCGCGAGCGGGUCACGACGACGCCCCCCCACUCUCCCCGCUGCUACCUCCCCUGCAGACGAAUCCGAUCCAAAGGCACUUCGGUGGGCUCGCGGGCUCGGACGCCCACGUGGCCGAGAGUAUGCGCUGUCACUUGAAUUUCGACCCUAACUCUGCCCCCGGGGUCGCCAGAGUGUAUGACUCGGUGCAGAGCAGCGGCCCCAUGGUCGUGACCAGCCUCACAGAGGAGCUGAAGAAGCUCGCGAAACAGGGGUGGUACUGGGGCCCCAUCACCCGCUGGGAGGCGGAAGGGAAGCUGGCCAACGUGCCCGACGGCUCUUUCCUGGUGCGGGACAGUUCUGACGACCGUUACCUUUUAAGCUUGAGCUUUCGCUCCCAUGGCAAAACCCUUCACACUAGAAUCGAACAUUCAAACGGUAGGUUUAGCUUUUACGAACAGCCGGACGUGGAAGGACACACGUCCAUCGUGGACCUGAUCGAGCACUCGAUCAGGGACUCCGAGAACGGGGCCUUCUGUUACUCCAGGUCUCGCCUGCCGGGCUCCGCCACCUACCCCGUCAGGCUCACCAACCCGGUGUCGCGCUUCAUGCAGGUGCGCUCCCUGCAGUACCUGUGCCGCUUCGUCAUCCGCCAGUACACCAGGAUAGACCUGAUUCAGAAGCUGCCCCUGCCCAACAAAAUGAAGGAUUAUUUACAGGAGAAGCACUACUGAAAGGUGAUGAGAACCCUGCAGCUUGCACUUUGGGAGUAAGAGAGAGAGAUUGAAAUACAGUUUACAAACUUUUCAUUGCUACCAGAAUCUUUUGCUGCCAUACUGUUUCCGUUUUAUGUGUAAAAGGGUAACCAGUUCGAUUAGGGGUGGGGCGUGUUGGCACGGUGUCGGGUUUAUUUUGGUGAAGAAGGGAAGUGCUGAGAAGUUGUAGCAGUGUGAACUAUCUUCCAUCGGUGUGCAGAGUAAUCGCAAUGUGAACCAUCAGAUUCUCCCUCCCCUCCCCCCCCGUCCUUUGCUGCUAUCCACUGUGAUUUUUAUGCAUUAAAAGCACAUUUCAUGUGUAUUCAAUUCUAAGUAAAGUUGGAUGGAACUUCUAGAAUGAACAUUGUUAUGUCUCUUUCAAUGGCCCAUUUUCAAAAAUAGUGUUGAGUAAACAUAGCCGUGUGAUAAGUCACAGAAUUUACACCUACACUGAAAAUGAUUUUUAAUUUCAUACUUUAGGAGGAUUUAUUUAGAAUUAUGAACUGACAUAAUCUUGGGUAAUGGAACACAGAUCUGCAGCAUAUCUUUUACAGCAUUCAUUUCUAAAUUAUUUUUAAGGUUGUGCUAUUUUUUGGUUGUGAGAAGUUGGAUUUUUCUGUUGCCUUCAUUUCAUCUUGUGGUUUGUCUUUUAAUAAAUGGCCUUACAUUAAAAAA